GUCUCGCGUAAAGACGUGAGGUUGCAAUGAACCCGUGCACGUAACUUCCUUUUUGUUCCACGCCGAGCAACAUGCCUGUCGUAAGUAGAACUCGCUCUAAAAAUUCAUUGUUUAUUUCUUAUAUCCGUAAUUAGUAAUACUUUUUUCUGGGGCUACCUUUACGAUAUAACACUGUUUCUUGCGCCUAUUGAACAAAUUAAUAUAACAGAGAUUCAUAAUAUGUUAUACACGUACAUGUUCGAGCCAACUUGGGAACUACUAUGCUAGGUACUUGGAUAAAAUUUUCAAAUUGAAUUAAUUAAAAAAUGAACACACCUGUAAGAUAGCUCUUGUUAAAUGAAGUAAUAAUAUGUUUUCAUUUUUCAUGUAGCACUUUUGGUUAAAAAGUUAUGAUUUUUUUCGUGAAUAAAAACUCACUUUUUUUAACAUAGAGAUUUGUGACCUCUUUUCCAAAAAUUUUCACGAAAAGGCUGAUAACUUUAUAGCAGAGUAAACAAAUAUUAUGAAACUUUCCAGAAGUGUUCAUCAUCAUAUUAGCAACAUUUUUGCUGAUUUAAAAACUAAAAAAAUUAAAUAUAAUAUUUUAAAAAUAUUUUUAAUGUCAUUAUAAAAACUUCCACAAAAAAAAAUUAAAAAAUUAUUUAAAAAAAAUUAAGACCAAACGUAAUUUAUUUUUAAAAAGGAAAUAUAAUAGAGGCAAUAUUACAAUAAAAAUUAUGAUUUAACUUGAAAUGGAGCAGUAUCUGAUAAAAUAUUACUUAAUAUGUCUAUUAUUGUAUAGAUAUUGAAAUAAAACCUAAUAUUAAUUAAGAUGGAACUUGAUUGCUUAAGGCAUAAAAAAUGUCUUGGGCUUUCUUAUCUGUCAACUAUAGUUAAAUAAUACUGUUUCCGGUUUGUCACUUUCGUUUUCGGCCUUUUUUUUUUUUUAAUUUUUUUUUUAAUUUUUAGACCCGUUCUGGCCAAAAAUAACAUUGUUAUGGCCAUCUUAGAGACUUGAAAUUUUACAUGGUGAUAUUUUAUACAAUUUCACAGGUACACCAGGUCGAUUUAAAAUGGGACAACGAAUAGUUUUCAAAAUAUUGAUAAAUUAGACUUAGCUGCUUUCUCACAUUUUUUUUUAUUUACGACAUAUUGAUAUUACUGAUUACAAAAUGGAUGUCGUUAAAGCCCGUUCAUUAACGUAACUAGAACAGUAAUUCGUUCGUUGAUCCGACGUUUCUAGCGCGAAAAAAUAAUUUUUUAGUGAACCCUAUCAUCCAGCACACCAAAAAAAGCGUCUCAAAACCCUAUGGGCCGCGAUUACGUCAACAUAGCCUCAUAUUUAAGUACCUAACUAUGCCUAUGCAACAACGGCAGGCAUUGCCGCACUUCAAAAGAUUUUAAGGCUAAUGCAGAGAAUUGGUGCCAUGACGUCAUUAGGGAUACAUUGAGGGUUCAUGUUAGGUUUAGUGACAGGGGAUUAUAAAAGUUCUCGGGUAAACUUACACCACAUUUCGAGACCCUUAUUUUGUUUUUGUUUUGCGCCUAUAACUUCUAUAACUUAAUUACUAUAAGGAGGUUAGAGAAGUACUUCGGCUCGAUGAAACAAGGGAGACUACUACUAAUGUGGUAAAUUAUUAGUCGUUUCCCGGGGUUUCCCAUCAAGGCCGCCAUCUUGGUUGACACGACACAUGUGAAGUCACGUGAAGUGUCAACCAAGAUGGCACCCAAAAAGUAGUGCGAAACACGUUAUGAAACGACUUUAAAUACCAAAAUCAGAAACAAAGAAAUUAUCUGAGACCCCUCCCCAGAACCCCUCCCACAUCACCAGCGUAAAGACACAUGGAAUUUACACACUGUGGCAGUGGCAUAAACUAUGAAAAUGAACAAAAACCACAAAAAAAUGGCAAAAAAAUAUUUUAAAAUUUAAGAAAUAAUUAAAACCCAACUUACAGUUUCAUGAAAUACACUUUUACACACUUUAUUUCAGGUUCCAAAGAAAAUAAUAUGCACAAAUGAGUAGAGCACAACAGCCAGCUUUGGGCUAACAAUUUGUACUGCCAUAUUUGCAACAUGUUGCAAAUAUGGCGGUACAAAUAAUAAGAUAAUUAGCCAACCAAUGAGAAUUUCAAAUUAUAAUCAACCAACCAAAUUUUUGUGAAAUAAAAAGCAAAAUAAAGGAAAAUGAAUGCAGAUUUAUUAUUUUACUCACGUUUCCUUUAAUCCUCAUAUGAACAAAUAUUUGCAAAAAAAAUAUUGUUUGGGAUCGUGAGCCAUCUAUUGACAAACGCUACCACAAAAUCAAAGUGUGUACAAUUCAAAACUGCUUACAACGAUGAUUUCACUAAUAUUACUAAUUAUAUUAACAUCUAGUUCCAAUUUAUAAUCAAUUCGUGCACUUGAUUGUCACUUAAUUUAAAUUGAAUUCUCCGUUAUCACUUGAAUAAUCGUCAAAAUCCAUUUUGAAAAAGAGGGAUUAAAGCCAAAAAAAAAGAUGAAAUACUUAUAAGUGGCACCCACUCUAUCCAGCUAUCAGAAAAACCAGAUGUAAACAAUUAGGUACUUGGGUAAAAUUUUCAAAAUGAAUUUAUAGCUUUAACAGCUAGUUGGUUAGAUAGGGCCUGAAAAAUGCAAUUCAAACCAAAUUUAUGUUUGUAGGUCAAUUCUAAAGAAAGGUAUGAUUUUUUUCGUUAGUUAUUUUGGGAUAACUCUGUUAAUUGAGACAUAUAGGAAAAUAUAAAAGUGACUAAAAUAAAAAUUGGUGCAGAGAGUUAGGAGAGAUGUUAACUCAUUCCCGAAGUUUGCGACUAAAUGCGUCUUUUCGGGAUUCGCCGGAUGCGUCCAAGUGCGUCCCGGCGCAUAGCGACACACCUCUCUCAUGUCUAUUUAAAAAUAGCAAUGAAAUCUCGCAUCCCUCGAUACUUCCGGCGAUGGCAUGGUUCAGCGUGAUUUUAAUUUAAAAACCGGAAGUUUUUAUCUUGUUUCGCUUUAAAACUACGUGUGCUUUAGUACGGCGCGUCUAUAUGUAGCAUGUGUUCGUCCGAUGUGCCGAAAAUCGAUUUUUUUGGUCAUUGUUCGUUAUUUUUCCCCCGCUAAUGUUAUAUUUAUAUUAAACCUUAUUAAUUUUUUGUUGCAUUUGUUCUUAAUUCAUUAACAUUAAAUAAUAUUUAGUAGCUUAAAUACAUUUUUAAAAAAAUGUAAACAAUUUCAAAACGGGGUUACUUCCCUUUCUCAGGCAAAUAAAUUAAAUACGGAAGUAGCAUUGCAGGAGGGAAUGAGUUAAUGUAGUUCCUUCGGGUAAAUGAGUUUUUAAUUUAAAUCUAUAACAUAUUACCUCCUCAAUGAUAUUUAAUUUAUUGCGCAGAAAUUAAGCGGUAAGGCUAAUCAUAUUUUGAGUGUUGUCAUUCAAAAUAAGUAUUCUAAUAAGCAUUAUGCUUCACAAACAUCUUCCCAUUAUUUUCAGAAAGCUGUUAAACGCCCAGGAAAGGUCCAAUCUGGAAAGGGUGGCAAGAAAAAGAAGACCACUCUGAAGUACACCAUUGAUUGUACUCACCCAGUUGAAGAUGGUAUCAUGGAUGCAGGAAACUUUGUAGGUUUUCAGUUGUAUUUUAAAAUAAAUUCUACGAAUUUAUCUAAUUUACUUUCUGUUUCAGCUAGAGUUAGUUUUAAUUUCCUCCACUAAAAUUUAUCAUACCAAGGAAGUUCUUUAAAAGCCAAAUGUUCAGGACAUCCUUCAUUGGGUCAUUAAGCUUUUAGAAACAUUUAUAAUUCUACUGUCAGCAAAAUUAUUCAACUACUAUUUAUGCCCUGCCAAUCAAUGGCUAUGCGUGAACUACGUGCCUCCAGAUGAUGCACUUUAUAAGAAUCCCAAUUAUUGCUGAACACAUUUUUUUCACAUACUAAUAUUCUAAUGUCCCACCUACCCCACUUUCAAACUAGAUUUAUUACAUAAAAUUGAAAUAGGGAUUAUUUCUGUUCGUCAGAAGAAAAUAUCUCAUGUAGUGCAGUUAACAGUAAUUGUAUUUCUUGGGCUAUUGAACUCACCAUUACACCAUACGUUCUUAAAUAUAUACCCCCGGUAUAGAAUUUAUUGAAUAAAGUUGACUAAUGAACUAUUUUCAAUGAGUCAAAUGAUGAAGUCAUAUUUAAACACUAUUAACUCAUUCCCGACUGUUGCGACUAAAUGCGUCCUCUGGGGGUUCCUCCUGAUGCGUCCCGGCGCAUAGCGACACACCUCUCUUAUUUUUGGUUAAAAAUAUCAAUGAAAUCAUGCGUCCCUCAAGACUUCCGGCUAUGGCGUGAUUUUAAUUUAGAAACCAGGAGUUUUUAUCUUGUUCCACUUUAAAACGUGUGCAUUAGUACGGCGCGUCUAUAUGUAGCAUGUGUUAGUCCGAGGUGCCUAAAAUCGAUUUUUUGGCCAUUGUUCGUUAUUUUCCCCCGCUAAUGUUAUAUUUAUAUUAAACCUUAUUCAUUUUUUGUUGCAUUUGUUCUUAAUUCAUUAACAUUAAAUAAUAUUUAGCAAAUAAAAAAAUAUUUAAAAAAUGUAAAUCAAUUUCAAAAUCGAGUUGCUUCCCUUUUCUCAGGAAAAUAAAUUAAGUCCGGAAGUAGCACUGCCGGGGGGAAUGAGUUAAAGUCUAGUUCAUUCAGUGUGGUAGAAUCUUUUUGAGAACCUGAUUUCACAACCUGGAUUUAAUGGCUAAGUUUAUAAUCAGUUGACACUAAAUCUCAAUAUUAGUACUACGCUUACAGCCACCUGUAUUUUUUAAGUAAAAGCAAAAUGGUCCCUGUUUUGGAAAUAAUUAUAUUUUACCAUUUUUUUCAAAUAAUUGUUACAUUAGCAAAACAUCCUGCCAGCUAACUCACUUAUGUCCCAUUGUGUAUCCUCUUACUGGGACCUUGUCCCAGGGAGCCAGUUACUUGCAUGUGCCUAGGCAUAUCCCAGUAACAAUUCACUCAUUGUUAAUGUAGUUAUACUAUACAUUACAAACUUAAGAGCAUGUAGAAAAUCAUACAGCACAUUCCAGUACCCAGUAUUACGUGCCAUUACAAUUUCUUAGUCUGAAUUAGAACCCAUUCAACGAGGGUACAGCUAAAUCCUGCUGAUACUCAUAGCCACCUCAGCAUGCUGAUAAGUUAGGAUAAAAAAAAAGCUGAAAUCUUGCCAUUAUAAUAAAAAAAUCUCGCUCAAAAUAUGACACUAAUAGAGAUUGCUUCCAAAUAUUUUAUAGACUGAAUGAGGAGUAUUCGUUAUUUUAAUGUGGGUAGCAGAUUUUUUUUAUUGUAAUAAGUAGUUGAGUACCGUACUUAUCAUAGUUUGAUAUUUAACUCAUUCCCUCCUGCAAUGCUACUUCCGUAUUUAAUUUAUUUGCCUGGGAAAGGGAAGUAACCCCGUUUUGAAAUUGUUUACAUUUUUUAAAUAUUUAUUUAAGCUACUAAAUAUUAUUUAAUUUUAAUGAAUUAAGAACAAAUGCAACAAAAAAUGAAUAAGGUUUAAUAUAAAUAUAACAGCAGGGGGAAAAUAACGAACAAUGACCAAAAAAUCGAUUUUCGGCACCUCGGACGACCACAUGCUACAUAUAGACGCGCCAUACUAAAGCACACAUAGUUUUAAAACGAAACAAGAUAAAAACUUCCUGUUUUUAAAUUAAAAUCACGCUGAACCACGUCAUCGCCGGAAGUCUCGAGGGAUGCGAGAUUUCAUUGCUAUUUUUAAAUAGAUAUGAGAGAGGUGUGUCGCUAUGCGCCGGGACGCAUCCGGCGAAACCCGUAAAAGACGCAUUUAGUCGGGAAUGAGUUAAGAAUUUAAAAAAAAAAAAUUUUUUAAAAUAUAUGAUACAACGCAUUAAGCAACCAGUUAUGAAUCUAAAUUUGGAGUUUUGCCGCCCUGGGUUGAAUUGGUUAAGGUUCUCUUGAGGUAGAAACAAUAGAUGUUAAUCCUCUUACUGUUGCUGUUAUUACAUAAUCAAUUCAAAUGUUAAGUUUUAAGAAUGUCUUAUUGUUUUUUUAGCAACAGUUUUACUGUUACUUAUGCAACCUUUUCAUACUAGGGCCAUCUUCCCUAGUGUAAUAUUAGGGUCAACUUCCCUAAUAUUUUGGGGUGGCACCCGCUGCCUAAAUUAUUUUUUCACAGGAGAAGUAUCUCAUUGAGCGAAUCAAGGUUGAAGGAAAGACUGGAAACUUUGGCAACAAUGUGUCACUUGAGCUUAGUAAAAACAAGAUAACUCUCACAAGUGAAAUCCCAUUCUCCAAAAGGUAAACACAUCCAGAUUACUUCAGAAAUCAUGUAACAAAAAUGUCAUCAGUCACAAAUUUGUCAAUGUUAAAUGUUUUUGCUGGUUCAACUGCAUAUAUCUUUUCACAUUAACUUAAAGCAAACUUAUAAACCAUCCCUUCUCUACACUUGUACCGGUGCUGUUUUGUUCUUGGUUUUUUUUUAGGUUUGCUUUAAACUGCCAAAUGUGGUACAGUAGUGGUAGUUGUAUUUCAAAUGCAUAAUGACCAUGCACCACAAAUAUCUUGAUAGGGAUUCAAGAAUAUUAAUUAUUUCAAAUAACUUGACAUUACAACAUUCUCACUUUUGUUACCAGGUAGAGAAUAAGUCUUCAUGCAUCAUACUGAACACAUUUUUUUUUUUUAAGUUAAAGAUGUGUAGUGUUGGAUUUGGCUAUGAAUUGUUAGUUGAAAAUAUUGGUUAAAGACUGGAAAAGCUAUCUUUUAGUUAAAAGCUAUACUGCCAAGCUGAAUUUAUGCACACAAUAAUGUGUUAACCCCCUUGGCUUAGCCAGGAAAAAAAACAUUUUAUAUUAUUAAAUUAGGUACCCCAAACCAAAUUUUCAAACUAAACCAAUAACAUUUUUGAGUGUUUAAGAUGCAAGAUCUAAGAAUUCUAAGCAUGUGGACAUUUAAUUUAUGACUUUAUGACCAUUAUUAAGAAAGUUAUGCUAUUUUAAAUUUUUUUCCUCGGGUUACCUUUUAUGAAAUGACAAAGACCCAUAUUCAUGAGUCAUUAUCUUAAAAUGUAUGUCACCUGCACUCAUUUCCUUUACAAUAUUUACACAAUACUAUACAGAGAACAAACACAAUUUUUUUCAAGAGUAUGGGAAAUCAAACUUUUGUAAUUUAUUGUCGUAAAGAUGGUAUUUUGUAAAAUUUUCAAAUUUUACCAAGGGAGGCAAAAAAUCACAAAAAUUACCUAUUUUUAAAAAUUCACCAAAAAUGUUGUAAUUUACUCAUAAACAUCAUUGAUAUAUCAAUUUAAAAGAGAAUCAAAGAUCUAUACAAGUAUGCAAACAAGAAGUACUUUAGCCCAACACAUAUUUGACAAAUAGCGAAAUGGUCAAGGGGUGGUAAUUUAUUUCACACUUUUACACAUUUUUAAAAUUAUAAAAAAAAUAAUAAAUAGCAUACUAUAUGUAUGAAAUCUCUUAUAAAGUGAAGAUAAUAGUAGUCUUCAUAUAAAAUAAGCAUACCUGACACCAUAAAAUAACCAUAGAAUAAUUUAAACAUUUGACAAAAGUAGUGUACAAAAAUGUUAUUUUUUUAAAUUUUCUUUUUCGAAGCUUGACUUAAAAUCCAAAGGACACAAUAUAAAACAAGAUAAUAUAUAUUUUACAACUCUUUGAUUUAACAUUAGGAAAUACACUAGAAAAAAAUGUGCAAAUUCGUAACUACAGACUGGAUGGGUACAUCACUUUAAAAAAUCAAUUUACAUACCGGCAUUACUUUCUUCUGAAAAUGCAUUUUGAGUAAAUUAGAUAUAUGGAUAAUAUCAUCACUUAAUUUUAAGUUAUUAGAUUUAGUAAUAAGCUUCAUUAGAAUAGAAAAAUAAUAUCAAUGCCACCAUUCAAAAAGUACCGGUAAUUCAAUGUAGAUUUGUCUGUAGAUUUUAAAAAACAACCUUUGUAAAAAUCAAUAAAACAGACAUUUAGUACUCCCUCUGACUUAACUGACUGUGCUGUUGACACUUCAAGUGUAAAGUUGAUUAAUCUCUUUGUUACUCCAAAAGAAGACUCAUGAAAUCUAUACUGGGUAUCCAAAGUUUGGCUUAGGAAAACUGUCAUGUUCAAAUCUUUGUGGUCAAUCAAUUCCCUCAGAACUUUUUCAACCAUGGGUCAGAUCUUAAAUCCUUCUUGGAUUUGAGCAAACCAGGAUUCCAGCUAAAAUAGGAAUUAAAAACGAAAUGCAUGAACAUAUUUAGUUUUGAACAAGGAUACUAUUACUUUAAAAUUAAAUAGUUGCAAUAAGAAGUUAGUGUUAUGAUCUUAACUUUUUACUGCCUUUAAUAUCCCUACGCAACAAAACUCACCAUACCAUAAAGCUCAACACCAUGAACCAACUUCACAACCUACAACUCACAAAACAUUCUUCCCCUAUCAAACAUUCAGGCUUCUAAUUCUACAUCUAGUUUAAAAACAGUAAGUACCUGCUCCCAUGACAUCAUGUGUAAUUUGCUUCACAACAGAAGCAAUGGUAACGGCAACAGUGUGUUGUCUAUAAUAAGAUGGGGCAAAGCUAUCUUCUUCCUAUUCCAUUAGCCAGGAAUGUUUUUGUAAGGCAUCAUACAGUUCACCAGCCAGCUAUAGAAUAUAGAAUACACACAAUUUAUAAGUUGAAACAUUUUGACAGCUUUUUUCCUUCAAAUUUCAAUUUAAUUAAAUAUUGCUAGUGUGGACAUGACAUUAUAUAUAUAUAUAUAUAUAUAUUAUAAAUAUAUAUUUAUAUAUAUAACAAACUUAAAAUGUUAAAUUAUAUAUAUUAAAGUUAAUUAUAAUAAGCAAUCUUCAUUUAUUACUCUUAAGUCUUAGAGCACCACCACUCAACUUUUCAUUUUGAAAUUGUUUUCAUUACCAACGCAAAAAAAAUGUCACGUGACCCUUUCUUAAACUUAAAUUGCACGUAGUAACACAAUAUUUUUAUAAAAAAUAUUCAAAAAUAAUAAUAAUUUGAAGUAUCAUCUACAACUUAAAGUAUUAUUUUGUUUGAUAAAAUAACGAGGAAAAAAUAGAUUCAAAUUUAAAGAUGGGUGGGGUCAAUUUACUUCAUGGUGCUGAAAUGGCCGUAAAAUUCGCGAAGUGGGGGUAAACACAAAAGUCAGUAAAAUAAUAAUAAUAUUGCAAACAUACAAGCAAAAAGCAUAUGAACGGAAUUUUAAACCAAUAAUACACCAUAUUAUUUAGGUUUUACAUACCUGCUAAGCGUAGAAGAUCCGAUAAAGCGCAAUUUUCUGUAUCGACUGUCGAGUGAGUCGGCCAUUUUUUGAGCUUCAGUCCAUGCCGCGAUAGAUCGGUAAAAGGAAAAUUUAGAGGUUCUGUUUGGGAAAUUGCUGCGGUCUCGCGAUACUUCAUAUUUUACCAUUGUUUUCGUAUUUUUAUGUAGAAAUGGACCAGCAAUCUGCCCAUAUAAUUUAAAUAGCUGAAUUGGUCUUAAAUCCUAUAGAAAUCUCAGAAAAUUAUCAUUUUUUUACAUUUCUAGUGUAUUAAAUACAACUUUAUAAAUACUAGCUUAAAGGUUAUUCACUGCUGCAUGCAUUAGACACAAUUCUGAGGUCAUUCUAUAAAUAGCGGCAAAGCUAAACGCGAUUGCCACCGAGGGGGGUAAAAACGAUCUUUUAAAAUACCGCUAAAACUCGAUGCGGUGAUGUUUUUCAAACCACAAAAAAAAUUAUUUUACUAACACCAAUAGAAAAACAAACAUCAUAUUCUUAAAGUGCUUGAAUCGAUCUUUUAAAUGGUAUCAUUUUUAUUAGUAUGCAUGUUACAAUUGUAAGAAAAUAUGUUGAUGGAAGUUGUCUAAAAUGUCAAAAAAACACUGCUUCUCAGCGAUUUGGAGUACCUAAUUAAAUGUAUUAUUACUAGUACCAGAUAUCUGUAUGUUACAUGUCAAUCAUUUUUAUUUUAUUCAAAGGUACCUGAAAUAUCUGACAAAGAAGUACUUGAAGAAGAAUAACCUUCGUGAUUGGCUUCGAGUGGUUGCCUCUUCCAAAGAAGCUUUUGAACUGAGAUACUUCCAGAUUAACCAGGAUGAUGAAGAGGAGGAGGAAGAUUAAUUUAUUCAUUUUAAUGCUUUUACUUUGACAGGAGUAAACUUGAUGUCAGAAAACUCUAUUUAUUUUUUUAUUUGUCUGCAAAGUUUGAUUGCUUGAUAUAGUGUGUUGGCUUAUUAAAUAAAGCAAACUAUGAAUGUGCAUACCUGUACUGUAAUUCUCAAAUAUGUAAGUUUAAGGAAGGUAAAUUUUUAUAUUAUAAUUAUAGGCAUUCAAAGAAAAUUGUGUAUCGGGUACAUAGUGCAGGUAGUUGCAUUUAAACUAAAUUAAUCAAGCUGAAAACGCCUUGCCUGACAUCAGGGAAUAUGAAUUCUAUGGGUCAGUUUACUUUGGUCAAAAUGAUAAGUAAAUUUCGAUACUGAUUGGUUAGGGGCUAAUGCAAUA